AAGUAAGGAAUGUGGUGACAGUUCAUAGCAAAAAUGUCGAUCGAAGCCAAUGGAAAAAAGACGGUGUGCGUUACCGGAGCCGCUGGAUACAUGGCAUCAUUGCUUGUGAAGCAGUUGCUGGAGAGUGGAUACGCCGUCCAUGCUACCGUUAGGGACCCAGCUAACCAAUCCAAGGUGGCCCACCUCUUAGCUCUACAAGGUUCUGGUGAUCUCAAACUUUUCAGGGCAGAUCUUACCGAUGAAGGCAGCUUUGAUGAUGCUGUGAACGGCUGCGAUGUCGUCUUUCACGUGGCCACUCCGGUGCACUUCGAGUCCAAAGAUCCAGAGAAUGACAUGAUCAAGCCUGCAAUCCAAGGUACAUUGAACGUUCUGAAAUCAUGCAAGAAAGCAAAGGUGAGGCGGGUCGUCUUGACAUCAUCGGCAGCGGCCGUGUCGAUAAAUAAACUCACCGGAACGGGCCAUGUCGUCGACGAAGAGAGCUGGACGGACGUCGAGUUUUUGGCUAAUGAGAAGCCACCAACUUGGGGUUACCCAAUGUCAAAAGCAUUGGCAGAGAAGGCGGCAUGGAAUUUUGCUGAGGAAAACAACAUCGACCUCAUCACCAUUGUUCCCGUUCUCAUGGCGGGCCGCUCGCUGACUCCAGCGGUCCCCAGCAGCAUCUGUCUCGCUAUGUCAUUGCUCACAGGGAAUGAUUUUCUGAUCAACGGUUUGAAAGGCAUGCAAUUGCUCUCUGGAUCAAUAUCGCUCGCGCAUGUAGAGGACGUUUGCCGGGCCCACAUAUUUGUAGCCGAGAACGAAUCAGCCUCUGGCCGAUACAUAUGCUGCCCGAUCAACACAUGCGUGACAGAACUGGCGAAAUUACUCUCAAAGAGAUACCCACAAUACAAAGUCCCAACUGACUAUGGAGAUUUUCCAGCGAAACCCAAGUUGAGCAUCUCUUCAGAGAAGCUGAUCAAAUCAGGAUUCACCUUCAAGUACAAGAUCGAAGAGAUUUACGAUGAAUCCAUCGAGUAUUUCAAAGAUGUUGGGCUGUUGGCAAAAUGAGGACUAGACUCUUCUUCCAAGUUCCAGGUUUAGUUUGCGAUAAGCUUUCCUUCUUGUGGGAUGAUCAUCGGCUUAGGAAUGGCAGUAAUUCCUAGUUACUGCCUGUUUUAGGUGACAUUUUAAGAUGGUUAUUUCAUCACCAUUAGUAUGUUAGUAAGAUCUUUGUUAUGCGUAUGUACUAAAAGACCGAUCGAAUCAACCCAUGGAGCUAACCUUGUUCAGGAAAGCAAUGAAGAAAAUGAAUAACUUUCUGAA